AAAAAAAAUAAAGCUUUCUCUAAUAACUUGACGAAAAAAUGGCUUUCAAGUUUAACUUUACAAACGAAGAAUUAGAUCUCGAAGAUAGCGAAGAAAGCCAACAGUUGGAAACAAGUUUGAGUGAUCUGAAUAUUGACGAAAAAGAAGAGUUGAACAAGAUCCCAAGUCAAAAGUACAAUAUUCUUAGUUCGCCUUUACCCAAUGUUAUUCAAGCAGAUAUUCUUCAAGUACCUACUGUAGAAAAGCCAAUUUAUAAGCGUACUUUAGCCGAUGUCAAAUUUCAAAUGGCUGAGCAAGAUAAUUUAGUAGAAGACGACGAUAAUGAUAAGGAUGUAAUCAAUAUGUUGAAUUUGAGUGGUAAUACCGAUUUGAUCCGAGGUGUUUAUGAAGGUGGCUUCAAGACUUGGGAAUGCUCUAUUGAUAUGGUUCAGUAUUUACAUGGUUUGCCAAAGGAACAGAUCAGUAAUAAGCGUGUAUUAGAGCUUGGUUGUGGAUCAUCCCUCCCUUCAAUCUAUCUUUUGUCACCUGAACUGUCAAACCAAGUAGAUGUUCAGGAUUACAACGAGCAAGUCAUUCGCUAUAUUACUAUACCAAAUAUUCUUUUGAAUACAGUCUUGACUGUUCAAGAUCCUGCAACUGUUCCUGAACUUAUUGAACAACCUCAAGAAGAAAAAGAACAGAGUUCAGAAUCUGAAGCAGAAGAAGACGAAGAAGACGAAGACGAAGAGAAGAGAAUUGAAGAAGAUGCGAUUACUUGUGAUGCUGAAGCCGAAAUUGUGGCCGAAAAAAUCCCUGAAAUGUUGGGCCAGGUCAAUAAACGCACAAGAGCAUUUUUUGGUGAUUGGAGCUCAUUGCCAGAACAAUUGAACGUCGAUCACGAAAAAUAUGAUAUGAUUGUUACAUCUGAAACUAUUUAUGCUGAACAUGCAUUACCAGAUUUGAUUAAUGUGUUCCAGAAAGCACUUAAAAAGCCUGAUGGUGUUUGCUAUGUUGCAGCCAAAACUGUUUAUUUCGGUGUUGGUGGCGGUAUUUUGCCCUUUUGUUCUUUGUUGGACCAAACUCAAGACAGCGACGGAGACAAGCUUAAAUUCGAAAAAGUAUUUGAAAGCUCAAGUACAGUUAAGCGGGAGAUUCUCAAAGUUUCUUGGAGCUUGUAACGCUUGCACAUUCUGAAUAAACAACACUAGAUGGUCUUAUUUCAUUUUAGGUGUCAAUUCACGUUGUGAAAUGAUUGUAUCACGAUGAAAAUAAUAAAUAUCUUGGUUCGUGUAACUUGUCCUUCGUCACAUUAAACAAUCUUUUU